GUCAAAAUUUUCACAAGCGCAGAAAAGAAGUUUGUGUUGCGGUCGUGUGGUGAUUAUUAUUCCUCAAAUUUUCUCUGCAAACCCGUGUUUCAUUUGCUUAAAAGUGCACAAAAGCGUCCUGCACCAUGUCGGCACACGAUCAAAUGCGGGCAAUGCUUGAUCAGCUAAUGGGAACAGCUAGAAAUGGCGAAACCAAUCGUUACUCGGUCAAGUUCUACGACAGCAAAGUAUGUAAGAGUUUUUUAUUAGGCUGCUGCCCGCACGAGAUCCUGGCCUCCACGCGUAUGGACCUUGGCGAAUGUCCCAAGGUGCACGAUCUGGCCCUGCGAGCUGAUUACGAAAAUGCGUCCAAGAACAAGGACUACUACUACGAUGUUGAUGCCAUGGAACAUCUGCAGGCAUUCAUCGCCGAUUGCGAUCGACGCACGGAGGCGGCAAAGAAGCGGCUCGCCGAAACGCAGGAAGAACUCACCGCCGAGGUGGCCGCUAAAGCAAACGCCGUCCACGAACUUGCCGAGGAGAUUGGCAAAAAGCUGGCCAAAGCGGAAGCACUAGGUGAGGCUGGGCAGGUGGAGGAAAGCAUGAAGCUUAUGUCGGAAAUUGAGGAACUUCGUUCGGAAAAAUCUCGCGCUGAGCAGGAAUAUCGUAGCUCGAUACCGGCCAGCACCUACCAGCAGCAGAAGCUACGCGUGUGUGAAGUCUGCUCGGCCUACCUGGGCAUACACGACAACGACAUACGGCUGGCGGACCAUUUCGGCGGUAAGCUUCAUCUUGGGUUUUUGGCCAUUCGGGACAAGCUGGCCGAGCUGGAGAAAACGGCCGGACCGCGGCAGAAGGAGCUGCGCAAAACGGGUCGCGACCGUGACCAUGAGGAUCGUAGCCGUUCGCGGUACGUCGGUGGCCGGGAGCUGGAUCGACGUUCGCGCGCGCUGGCACGUAGCCGUGAUCGUAAGGAUACGGCGGGUCGCGAUGUUAAACCGACGGAAGAUCGCAAGGAUCGAAACGAAGGCCGUGAUCGUGAUCGCGGUGACAGACGCCGCUCGUCCGAUCGCAGUAAUCGGCGAUCGCGAAGCCGUGAUCGUAGCCGCGACCGGGAUCGUCACAGCGAUCGCAACAACGAUCGCCGGCGGCGAUCACGAUCGCGCGAAAGAUCCAGACGGUAAGCAUCUUUCAUUCUGUAGACAUCCCAAUAAAACAAAACAAAAAAAAAAAAAACAGGUAAUAGCGGAUAGGAUAGCUGAAUAUACACACACACACACACACCUUCCCCAACGUGGCGGAGACUUUCGUGGCGGAGCAGUGGAGCAAAAUAAACACAAAAGCUAUCUGUAACAACGACACGCGGGGCGACCGUGGCAGCGGAUCCAUCUGAUCGAGGGCCCGUGAACGAUUGUGGAGCCGGAGCAUCGCUCGUUAAUUGUAAGCAUAGUAUUUCUUUCUUUUCUCAUUUCUCUUAAAUCUUUACGAUUCUACUAUUCGUUACAACAACACAACACUUUACAAAAAAAAAAAAUAGAUCGUCUUUUAAACUGCAUCGACAGACAAAUCUGAUAGAAUGAUCGUAUUGUAUUCCUUUUUACAAAAUUUAACUACAUCCCUCGCUCGCGGCCCCUAAAUACAUUGUGUGUGUGUGUUGAUGGUGACCCAAAACAAAUACAUGAGUUAAAACAAUGCAAACAAUGCAGUUACAAAAAAUGGUGACAAAUUUGUGUAAAAAAAUGCAUAGUUACGAGUGUGUGUGCUGCAUCAUCGAACGUUGCACCCUAGCGGGCGAGCAACAUUUUUCAAUUGGCGGUUCUUUCUGAGUAUGUAUUUUCAAGCGUGUUAUUGCAAAAUUAUGUUUUUAAGUGUUUAGUCCGUAGGAUAGAACGAGAGGGGGACGGGAGAAGAAGAAAAAUAAGAAAAAACAGCAGUACGAAAGUAAGCAUAAUUGGCAAAUGUUCGUGAUUCUGUUCUGUCUAGUGUUGUUACUAUGAUUUCAAGUAACUAGAAUUAAAAAAACAAACGGCCAUUUUGUUUCGCGCAUGCCUCUUGUGCGUUUGAUCUUCAAAAGUUAAUCAUUUUGGUAAGUGAAAAGAUGAGUUUUUCAAAUUUUUGCUUGCAAAUGCAACAACACUACCCAUGGUUGUUGGUGUUACACACUUUGGCAGAAAAAGAGGGGUUGGUUACCUACCGAAGAAUGGAUCACUUCUUUCGUCUUUUCGCAACUGGCGAACGAACGGUUUUGUACAUUAAGCAUACAAUGGGAGAUACAAAUUGAGCAGCAUUAAGCAUUUGAAUUAACUUUUUUAUAACAAGCUGUACCGAUGCAUCCCAUACAGAGUUUGUAGCUGUAUAGAUGAAAUAAAACUUCGAAACUUCGUGUCAAUAA